AGGCUCAAGUGCCUUAUCCGGUACUGUACAUGAGUGUAUGGGGACUACAGAAGCGCCACUAUUCUCCAAUGGACCUGCCCUGACGACGAGGCUAUGCCAAGAGUUUUUCUCUUCUUUGGUGCUGCUUGGUGCACAGCAGCCUUGGUCCACAACAGGACAGCGGAAGAGAGUCGGCACUUGGAUCGCGACCUGGGCCUUCCCCAAACUGGCGGAUGGCGCGAGAGGAACCUGGGCCGCGCAAUGCAAACACAGCCAGAGGCUCCAGGGAUGUCAAGCCCAAAGGAUUUCGUUUUUGGCUUGAUCUUCGGCAUCAUUGCCUUUUCGCUGGCUGUGUCAGUUCACUGGUUCAACGAGGAGCGAAGCGCCAAAAUUGAGGUGCUUUUGACCAAGGGUCUCGAAGACUGCCGAAGUGUGGAUGCAAACAAGCUCGAUACAGAAAAUCGAGGCCGAUUAGUUCAUGUUCAGGGACAGGCAACGGGCCAGUUCCCCAUUAGAGACGCUCAAUUUCAGGAUGCAGUGGUGAACGAUUGCCUCAAGCUUCAGAGCACUUUGGAGGUGCUGCAAUGGGUUCCAGCUGCUACAGGCUUCGUUAAGGACUUGCCUGGACAUCCUCAGCAUGUUUUGGAGUGGAGUACUUCGCACAAUGACUCAUCGCGGUUCAGGCAACAGAGGCCCCUGAACCCACCCUUGCCAACGGGGCUAAUCCUGGGAACAAAGACGACUCCCUGUUCUCGGGUUACUUUGGGCGCUUUUGGAUUGUCACAGGACAUGUUGGUUCACUUCCGCUCAUUUGAGUCAGCCGCUUCGCAGCUUCCGGAGACUGUGCAUGUUGCUGGGAUACCUUUUUUUGCCAAUUGCCAGGAUGGUUUCUUCUACGGACGGCAAGGCUUUAAUGGUACCUUGGCAGAAGCCAAGGCUUCACUUUUCAAGAAGCAGGAGGCUGGAGACCUCAGAGUCAGGUUUCUUUGCGCAAAGAACUGUGAGGCUACUGUGGUGGGCGUGCAGUGCCACAAGGUCGAGACAGAGACCUUUGUGCCCUAUCGCAUAGUUCCUCAUGCGCCUUGCGAUGGGGAUACACAGGAGAGGAUGAAGAUCGUGGAAGCCGGGGAGAGAUCGCUGCGGGACCUCCGGGAGGGCUCCUGCUGUGCUGGAGGGGUGGAGAAUCGGGAAUCGAAAUAUUUGGUGAUUCUGAUGACUACUGUCGCCACAUGCUGCUGCUGCCCGUGCAACACUGUCGCUUGCUUCACCUCUCAGGAGGUUGUGACCGAGGAGAUUUUCUUCAUUUCGGAUUCGGUGGAAACAAAAGAGAAGCCCUUCCGUCGAGCUGUAUCUCGCAGUCCCUGGCGACUUUGGAACUGGCGCUUGCUUGGUUGGGCAACGACGUAUGUCGCUCUUCGCUUGAUGCUUCUACCCUUCCUUGCCGACGGAGCACUUGCUGGAUUGUCCAGCUGGGGCAGGUUUGCACAACCUGUUUUGCUGAUCAUGAUUACCCUGGACCUUUGGGCACUGGUUGUGGCAGCGGCCUAUGCCUGCUAUCGUCCCAGCAUGGCUGUUAAGUACUUCGUCGCUGUGUCCAUCGUUACUGGCAUCCCAUUUCUUUGCAACCAAUUUAUUCCGAAGUGAAGCGAAUGAUGUAAAAAAGCAGCUUUGUGAGCGUGGAGCAAAGAGGGCAAAACAAUUCUGUUCUGCAAGGUUAGGCUGAGCAUCGUCACGCACCACAUGUGGUUUCAGGUUUCUCAUGUUGAAACUUGAGGUGUUCGUUGCGCUAGUUAUGCGUUUCAUUCCAC